AUGGCAACGGAAGAGCCGGUUAGUGACACAAAAAAGUCCAAUGGGGUUACUCCGCGCAAACAAAUUAGCCAUACCGUACAGACUCUCACUUCCAAUUCAUCAGAAGGAUCUAUUCAUGUUCAUCCAACUCAGGGAUACUAUGCGAAUUUCGACGUGGAUACUGUAUAUGUCAUUCCCUUCACAGUGCGGAAUCUGUCGCGCGAAAUAUGUGCACUUCGCUUCACCCAUCCAAACAAUCAAACCGUAUUUCGUAUUAAAACCGACUCUGUACGGCUUGCACCCGGGCUCACACAUGUGAUCGAGGCUGAGUUCUUUACGCAUACAUCACAGGAUUAUGAAGAUAGCUUUGUUGUGUUUACUGAUAAAGAAUCCAUCACAAUUCCACUUGUCGCGAAGUGUUUCCCCGAUGUGGAGUUUCCCCUUACAUUGGACUUCGGUACUGUGGAGCGUAACACACGCGGAAUAGUUCAAUCACUGGCCAUUCGCAACCCCGGUCGCCGUGUGGCGCGUGUACAUAUUGUUCCUGAAGGUGAGUCUGCAGCUUCUGCCCUCCGGGUCCGGACGGCGAACUGCGAUGUUGGGCCCUUCAGCGAAGGAAAUGUAAUGGUUGAGUUACUGAGCCCGUUAGUCGGCCGCCACAAGUUUCCUCUCACUGUAACUGUCGACGGUGAGGCUAAGACCCGUACGGUAACGGUAACAGUGGAGGUUAUAGACUGUAGGGGAACAUUACUGAAUGCGAACACAGGCGAAGAGUUGCACUCACUGAUGUUCCCCAAGACAUAUGUCGGUGCAAAGCGAACGAUGGAACUUAUUGUGAGAAAUGAUAGUAGGCAGUCUGUGAGCUUUGCUUUCCAGCUAUUGAGCGAUGGGAACACGGAGGAUAUCCCGCCGUUUAGCUUCGUCCCGCAACAAGGAAGACUGGGGCCGCGGGAAAAGAAACACGUAACCGCCAUAUUUGCCCCAAUGAGGUCAAAGGAGAAAGCAACGGGUUGGACGUGUCGUCGAGACCAACAAACUGCUGUAAAUGAAACAUUUGAGUGGUUGUACUCACUACUAUUCGUGGAAACGGAACACACUCACACAUUGCGCGCUACUGGAACGUCCACGACAACUGUGGCAUGGCUAUCGCAAACCGUUGUCGACUUCGGAGAAUGUGCAAUGAAUGACUACCGGGACUUCGUGUUGCAAGUUCACAAUGGUCACAAGGACGCUCCGCUGUACUUUAAAUUCCCUCGGAUUGCUCACUUUCAUAUUUCUCCUGACGAAGGCAACGUGAGUGCUGCGAAGAGCGUCCCUGUUCGGUUGACGUUCCAUCCACGGCGUCUUGGCAACUUUAGUGAGCGCUUCAACGUGGUAUUCAACAACACGGAGACCACUCCGCUGACGGUGGUGGGUGUCGCAACCAAAAUUGUACCGCAGCAAAAGCGUAUCGGUGGCAUUGACAAACUUCCUCAGGACUUUGAACGUACCAUGAAGGCCAUUGAGCCUGUAGCGGAACCGUAUGUCGCCGCUGCGCCGCCUGAAACGUACGCCAAUCUGGACGAUGUGGACCUUGGCAUGGUUCCUGCUGAGGGAUUGCGCCCGAUAGAGCCAGAACUCGUGGCUCCUAUUGGAAGGUCGCGUUCGGCGGGCGAGAUGGGUGGACUGGGUGCAGGGGAUCAUCUCCCACUUGUAACGCUAGACGUGAAGACACUUAUACGGAAAGUUUAUAAGGAAGCGCCAAGCAACGCGGCAGAGCGUCGCGACUGCAAGCGGGAGCUUCAGCCCAUGGAACUGUUGCGCAUUGUUGCACCAGUCAAGGUCCUGGAAUUCCAUCGAGUAACGGUCGGCUCCACCGCCACAAAACCGUUCUUUUUGUACAACGCCACCAGCGCCGCGGUGCUAGCCACGAUGCCAACCGAUGAAGAGCAUUUGUCAUUCUCACCACAGGCACAAGUGAUCCCCCCCGGUCGCUCUGCAGUUUUUGAUGUAACGUUCCGUAGUCAAGUGGUUCAGGUACUUCAGCAGGUGAUGCAAAUAACGAUCAAUGGUAGGCACCUGCUCCGCUUUACAAUGCAAGCUGAUUCUGUUCCUGUUGAGGUUUCGCUUUCGCGCGAGGAGAUGGUUCUCCACUUCUCAAACUUUAGCGAGGAGCCUGUGGCCCGCUCUACAGUCGUACUUUCCAAUAAUGGUAACAGCGAAGCUGUGUACUCGUGGGCCCUGCAGUUGAAUAAUGCGGGCACCGGCAGCGGGAAAGGUAGUGGUAGCGGUCCAUUUGCCAUCGAACCUAUGAGCGGCACGAUUCCACCAAUGAGCAAAGUAACGGCUUAUGUGUCUUUCAGUCCUCCAUACGGCAUUAUCACCGCCAGCGCGUGCGCGAGGCUGCAGGUGGAGCGUUCCGACGGAGUGAAGACACUUAACAUCACAGGUGCCGUCCCAGUCACUUCUUGUGCAUGGGGAAAAUGCACAACUGCCGGUGGUACACCAGUGGUCUCCCCACAGGGGAAGAAAGAUUGGAACAAGCAUCAUUCCGCAACAGAGGCCCUCAUUGAGCUGCAAAAAGUCCCUGCGGGGAGGGGAACACGUGCGAGCAUCACACUACACAAUAAAGGGAAGAACGUCGCCUUCUUUACCUUUGACGGUGUACCAAGCUGGUUGACUGUCUCCCCGGAGAGUGGCCGUGUUGGGCCCCGCGAGUCAGAGGAAAUCUCGCUCUUGGUGUAUCAUGAAAAACCUGAGGCCCUACGUACCGUGAUGAACUGCUGCGUGCGUGGAAUAAAGAAGCCACUGAAGUUGACAGUUUCUGUGGAUGUUUGUGCCGCACUUUUAGAAGUCAUUACGCCACACCGGCAAAAUACAGAGGCCAUCCUCGACUUUGGUAUGGUGUACAUCGGCACUGAAAAGGCCCUCCCGGUACGUUUCAAAAACACAAGCGAUGUUGACGGUGUUAUCCUCGUUGACUUGCGACAACAUAUGGAGUUUGCAGUUGAGUGCGCUGCCGAUGUGGACAGUGCGGCAAUCCACGACGCCACCGUUACAAACAACAAUUCAACAGAUCCCCCGACAAUGUUGCAGUGGUGUGGGCCAGGUGAGCGAGAGCCCGGCAUGGCCUCUAUAAUCAUUCCACCUUGCAGCGAAUUAGGUGUUUUGUUCGUCUACCGGCCCGUAUCAACCGCAGAGGAUGGUGGGCGUUUCUUUGUGUCGUGGAGGCAUGUGGGCACAGAUAUUAAAAACCCACUGGUGCCGUUGGUGAUCAUUGCGCAGGCGUUGCAAUCAAGGGUGGCCGUCACUCCCCGCUUUUUGAAAUUCCCUUGUACUGUGGUGGACAGUCCCUCCGUUCCUGCAACAGUGACAAUUAAGAACACGUCGAGUGUGAGUGUCCACUGGAGGCUGCAACCGAUACGGAACAAUGAAGACUCUCCCACAGCUGAGGGCCGAACCCCACUGAGCCCCGUCAGCAGCAGAGUUAGCUCAUUUGUCAUGAGUAUCAGCGGUGGCGUGCUGGCACCGCAUGCGAGCGAGCAGGUGAGCGUAACUUUCGUACCCGAUGGUGUGGGUAACUGGCGCGAGCUCUACGGUAUUUAUGUGGAUGGUGAUUUACUUCGGCAUUGUGCAGAUUUAUCAAUGAGUGGUUUUGCAGCGUUGCCCCGUCUCCUGUGCGACGUGGAGGAGCUUGCUUUUCCACCCAUCCCCCUGAACAUAACCGUUCGGAGGCGUAUUAUCAUUACGAAUGAUGGUUUCGAUCACAUCAAUUUGUCGUACCACACAAUAGACUCCGGGCCGCUCACCAUCACGUUCCCCAACGGUACUUCCACCGGGCUGAUGGGACGCAUCCCCGUAGAGAUUGAGUUCUGUAGUCAGUGGCCGGUUUCUGCCGUGUCGUCCAUCAAGUUCUCGUCAAACAAGGGGGAGACGUUGACCCUGCCCUUCAGGGGAGCCGCCAUAAACUCUUUCCUCACCAAUGCCCCAUACGUUAUUCAGAAUGCCAAUAUUUCAAAGAUUGCAUCAUCUCGUGGUGAUGAAGAGUGGAAGGAGCCGUUAAUUUACCGAGAGAUAGACAGCUGGCAGCUUGCUGCUGACGGCGGCGGCCACAAGGUGCGCAAAGUUGGCGGGGAGACACAGUAUGUGAGGUCUAAUUCAGUGAAGCCCAUUCCACCACGGUACCUGGAGCCCAUCGCACCUGAAUUUUACGUUCGUUGUGAGGAAAGUCUGCGGUUGUGGCUGAAUUAUAACGUGUUCCUUGAGCCCGUCGCGAACCUCGUCACUGCGUUACAGCUAUCCGAUGGACGACUACUUCUGGAUGCAGCGCGUCGAAUGGGCGUAAAGAAGCAAUCUCGGGCUCCAGAUUCAUCCGAAAGCACGACUAGCAGAACACUUGUUACACUCGAGUCGUUAAUGUCGCUCCUCAAGCUUAACGGUGGGUGCCUAAGUGAAGUACAGAUAAUCUACCUGAUGACAUAUGAGGCAUAUUGUCGCCACCAAAAAGAGGUAAAUGCGGAGGCUAUUCCCUUAGCGAACUUCACGGAGCGGUCUACACACUGCUGGACGGUGGUCGUGCUGCAAUUCAUUCGGGUUGUUUACUUUGCCAAACUGCGGAUAGACAGCAUGCUGGCUCAAUACCCCUCGCUUGGUAAGUAUAUGCCAGUAGAGGAGUUGCAGGCGGGGUCUUUGUCCACGGCUAUUUACGGUAGCAACGUAUUUAGCGGUAUGGAAAACAUCUUACUUUACUGGGCAACGUACAACCUACGCCAGUGCAUCAAAAAGGGUAUGCUAAAGGACACCCGGGCUCCUAUCCGGCGGUUUGAAGACCUGAGGGAUUGUGUCGCGGUAGCCGCGUGUAUAUUUGUCUUUGUACCCUCUGCAGCGGCGUACGUGUCAGCUGAUAGGUUUGUUCCAGAGACCGUGACACAAAGUGACCUAGAGAACAAUAUCAGUCUGCUAACCAAUGCACUGGUGUACGUGGGGUUCCCGUCAUCCUUUAGCAGCGUUGAGCAGAUACUGCAGUAUGGCCCGCUGGAUUGGUUGUUGCUGCUCUCAACACUCUUUCACUACCUUCCGCGCUUCAUUCCCACGGGAACAAUCGUGUUGAAGGGGAAACUCCUUUCACCUGCCACUCACACUAUUGAAGUGAAGAACACUUCAAACACGGUCCGUGUAUACACCGUGGAAAUGAGCAACUGUUCUUUCCGUGCGGUUCCGAGGGAGUUCACCGUGGACCCAGGGGGGACCUUCCAAUUACAGCUGGAGGUGACUCUUCGCUUUAACCGACGACUGGAAGGGGAAUGCGUACUUGUUGACAGUGCCCAGAACCUGGUGAAGGAACGGAUGCCGUUAGUAUUUCAUCUCGUCGCCCUGCCAAGUGAGGAGCCUCUGCGUACAGUCCACCUGCAGGCGCCACUCUAUACAGUGGUGCAUCAAGAAAUAUGCGUUGAAAACCCAUUCGCACAGAACUAUGUGGCAACUUUACGACUGUCACAGGAAUACAAAAACGAUGGAGGAUAUUCUGAAGGAGAGUUUGGCAAACUGCAACAGGGUGCCUUUUACAUAUCGGCCGGUGUUGUGUCAUUCAACGUGGGGGAGCCUACUAAAGUGAGCGUGCAGUUUGCUCCGUGCGCCCGUGGUCAGUACGAAGCACAGGUAACCUUCCACGAUGUUCAGCUGGGUGAGUUCUCUAUCGUGCUCAUUGGCACGUGUAUACCACCGAAACCAAUAGAAAAGUUUGUUACGCGAGCGGAGGUGGGUGAAGCGUGUAACAACACAGUCAUGCUGAAAUUGCACAAUCAACAGUUCGAGCGUAUGAUGAACACAGUGGAGGAUUGCAACCGGUUUCCAAGCUCGCGAGUUGUUAAGGGGCCAUCAAUGCCGGAGCUCACCAAUAUUCCCUACAGUGUCACAUUCGUGAACGAGUCUUUUGUUGGACCCAGUCCCUUCUUCAUAGGUCCCGAAAGUAUUUUCUUCACCCGCGGCGACCAAAUGCUGGAACUGCAGUUCAGCUUCUGCCCGAAAGUCGUUGGUGACUACAAUGGGUAUAUUAUUCUCGCAUCGAAGUAUGACGUACGGACUAUUCUUCUUCAUGGUAAGGGUAUUCCUGUAGGUGAGAAGAGUAUUUUGCGUUUCUCAUGCCCAGCGCGGCAAUCUAUUGUGCAACGCGUGCCCAUCGUCAACAACACGAAGGAAAGUUGGUUGAUUACAGCCACUAUCGAGGGUGACUGCUUCAGUGGACAGAAGGAGGUCCGCAUUCCACGCGGCAAAAGCCGUGAGUACCUUCUUCGAUACAACCCUGCAUGGGUUUCAUCGGACACGGGAACCCUCACACUCCAUAAUCGGGAGACGGGUGAGCGCCGAACCUUCAUGCUGUAUGGAGAAUCCGUGGAACCGCUCUGUGAGGAUGUAAUUACUGUGGAGUGUAGGGCACGCGAGAAACGAAUAGAGACGCUGACGAUUCCCGAUAUCAACAACAUGGAUGGGAACUAUACGGUGGAAACAGACUUGCCAUUCGCUACAGGAAAGCCGACAGUGCUUGUGCGGAGGGGCACAAAUGCAAAGUACGACUUGAUACUUCACCCUCUUAUGGGUGGAACAUUCAACGGAACGGUUGUGUGCCGGGCUCCAAAUGGUCACUUCGCGUGGUAUGGUAUCACCAUAAUUGUGAGCGCUCCUGAAAAGGAAGGUACGCUCAACAUUUGCACGGACACGCGUACGCCCGUAACAGCCUACGUGAGCAUCCAAAACCCCAUGGACAAAACCAUUGAUUUCACUGUAGGGCGUUACGGCGUAGGGCUCUUCGGAGAAAACUCCAUUUUGGUGGAGCCGAGUGAACCAUCUGUGUAUUCCCUGUUGUUCCUUCCCUCACGUACUGGCAAGUUCCCGGGGAGGCUGACGUUCUUCAACAAAGAGGUGGGGGAGUUUUGGUACGAAUUGGACAUUGUGGUUGAGGAUGCUGCGCCGGAGGAAGUGGCAUUCUCAAGCGAAAUCGGCGUGCCGCAGACGGUGCAGGUACGAAUCCCGAACAAUACCCCGAACGAGCUGCCGCUGUGCGUCACCAACACCAACCACGACAACUUCUCGGUUGUGCCUAGUAACCCGAGGGUUCCUCCAUACUCGGAGUUAACUAUCGAUAUUGUGUACAAACCGACAGCUAUAGGAAGGCCCCAGGAGGCCAUGAUCAAACUUCUCAACCUCGACUCAGCAGAGUGGUGUUAUCACUGCCGGGGUGUAGGCCACGCUCCUGCGGAGUUUGCGCCGGUGGAAUGCGUUUGCGAAGCUUUGGGAAGAGUUUCCGUUGUGCUCAAGUUCAAGAACCCGUUUAGCGUUCCGAUGAUGCCGGACGUCGAGGUCAAGUGCGAAGAGAUGAAUUACUAUUCCGCUGCCGCACAGUCGCUUCCCGGUACGCCAAUAGCACCAGCGACUGAAGCCUCUAUAGUGGUGAUGUACGAACCCAAGACUGUAGGACGGCACAAUGCCACUGUUUUGGUGAAGCCGAAGUUUUUGUCGGAAGAAGUGCAGGACAUGACGUGGGUUUUCCCAUUGAAGGGUUUGGCGGAGUGGCGCAGCCACGAUCAACCGCUGCGGUUCCGUUGUGUAGCGCGGAAGAAAGUGGAGGAAACAGUUGAGUUGGUCGCCCCAGGGAUGACGGCAGCCAACUUGAGCAAUGUGACCAUAACACUGGAUCUUGAACGAGGGCAGCAGUAUGCCAGCGCGGUUCGCAACAGUCUCUUCUUCAAAGUGCACCCUACUGUGGAGGUUGAAGGGAUGCUCAAGUUGGAUAUACGAUUUGUCCCUCUCCGCCCUUUUGUUGCAAUGGCGGAUCUCGUAGUUCGCGCCGAAAAGGAAUCGGUCUGGCGCUAUUCUAUUGUUCUGGAAGCCUCCCGCGCUGAUGUUGAUGAUACGCUGGUCGUCAAAUCCACCCUCCGCGCUGUUUCCACCAUCACAUUUGAUAUUUACAACAUCUACCCGCAUUCCUCUCCUUUUACAGCCUACUUUACCCCUGACAGCUCACGUGAUUUCUCAGUGGGGGUGCCGCAGGGUGUACUUCCUCCUUUUAUUAUUGGGCAGCGAAACGCAAAUGCGGCAACAACAAUGCAGGUUCUAUUUUCCCCCACAGCAAGGCUGCCGCAGCCUGAGGGAACGCUGAUUAUUGACACGGAAGAAAUGCAAUGGAUAUAUAAGGUUAUUGGAAAGGUGAGCGGUCGGCCUAUACACCCAUAA